CUGCUGAGGAGAGAUCAUCGAUAAUCACUGGCUGUGCUGACUGUUUAUAGAGGAGCUGCAGAAGAUCUCCUGAAUCCUGUUCCCUCUCUUCAGCUGUAAUCGCUGACGUAAACAUGGCCUACAGAUAUGGAAACAGAAGAAUGAACAACGAGGAGUUCAGGAUUGUGAUGGUGGGGAAGACCGGCACUGGGAAGAGUGCUGCUGGAAACACCAUCCUGGGUCGAGAGUGUUUUGAAUCAAAGUUUGCUUCAGCCUCUGUGACUGUGGAGUGCUCCAAGGGCAGAGGUUCAGUGGACGGACAGAAGAUCGCUGUUAUCGACACUCCAGGCCUGUUUGACACCAGAUUUGAUGAAGAGGAAACGGAGAUAGGAAUCAAACAGUGCGUCACAUAUGCUGCUCCUGGUCCUCAUGUGUUCCUGGUGGUCAUCAGGUUGGGCAGAUUCACUGAAGAAGAGAAAAAGACAGUGGAAAAGAUUCAAGAAAUCUUUGGCCAGGCUGCAGACAAAUACUCCAUGGUUCUCUUUACUAUGGGGGACAUGCUUGAAGGUACCAUGGAGGAUUUCUUGGGUCAAAGUCGUGCUCUGCAGGAGCUCGUGGCCCGAUGUAACGGCCUUUACCAUGUCUUCAACAAUAAGAGCAAUAAUCGCUCCCAGGUGACUGAGCUGCUCAAGAAGAUCAGAAAUAUGGUCCAGAAGAACGGAGGGAGUCACUACACCAACGAGAUGUUCCAGGAGGCUGAGAGGAAGAUUGAAGAGGCGAAACAACGAAUGCUGAAAAAGAAAGAAGAAGAAAUACGCAGAGAAAAGGAAGAAAUUGAGAAGAGCCUCAAACAGCAAUAUGACAGAGAGAUCGCGGCACUCAAAGAGCAACUGGCGGCUGAGAGGAGAAUGGUGCAGGUGGGGAAGAUCAGGGAGGCCAAACAAGCCCACAUAAACCAGGAGAUGGAGAAGGCCGUGGCACUGAUGGGGCUGAUGACGGUUGACACGGUGAACCUGAUGGAGAAAAUGCAGGUACAGCAUGAACUGACACUGAGAGAGAAACAACAGGAAGUGGAUAGGGAGCAUACAAGAAUUGCCAGGAGGUCAGCGGAGGAGGCAAACAAAACAAGUUGUAUUGUGAUGUGAUCAACUACAGGCUGGUGACUUUUCUCCCCAUCAUCUCUAACAUCACCAACAGUGAUCUGUGAUCAUUCACAUCUAAACAUGAAUCUUUGAUUGAACCAUGCAGUUUGGAUUUAAGAUCAUUCUACUGAAGCAUCAGUGUGUUAUUAUACUAAAAAAAAAACCUAGUCUUGAUAGUGGGGCUGAUAUUUUUGCUUCCAUCCUUGAUCUCUUAAAGAUUUCUGACACCAUAAACACUGAUGUUGUUUUAUUCAUGUUGUUGAGGUUUAGUUAUUCUAGCAGGAAUCGACCUUCCUCUGAGGUCUAGAUUAAGAUGUAUGCAGAUGACACAGUUAUCUACAGCAGAGCUCAACCAGGAGAACAAGCUGCUCCUAAACUCUGUAGAAUCAAACAAUCAGAGAAAGGAAUGUUCAUCCUGUCAUAUCCUUUAGUGCUGCUAUACAGUCACGUAAAUCUGAAUUUCUCAGUUACUAUUGUCUAAAGGUUAAUAAAAUCAGGUUUUUAUUUCCCUUGUUUUGUUUUAGUUAGAUGUAUUCUAAAUGAUUGUAAUGUGUCUGAUCAUUUGCUC